GAGUGAUGACUCUUUGAGGACAUACUGACUUUGGGAGUAGCAGCAGAAACAGCCACCAUGUCUGACGCUGCACCCGCUGAAGCCGCACCUGCUGAGGCUACUCCCCCUGCCGAGGGCGAAGCUCCACCGGCAGAGGCUGCACCUGCCAAGGGAGAGGCACCAGCUCCUGCCGAAGGAGAGGCUCCUGCAGAACCCGCGCCUGAAGAGCCCAAAGCACCCACACCCCCUCCUCCAGAUGAGCCCACCAGCGAGCCCCUGGAAGUAAUAGUGGAGGAUAAGAGUGACACUUCAGUGACCAUUACCUGGAGGCCUCCAAAGACCAUUCCACCCAACUCUGGCCUGGAUGGAUACACUGUGGAAAUCACUAAGGAGGGAACUGAAGACUGGAAAGCAGUCAACGAGGAUCUGACCAUGUCCUGUCGUUAUGUAAUCAAGAACCAGACUACCGGCGACCAUCUGCUGAUCCGGGUGGUGGCUGUGAACUCUGGUGGCCGCAGCCCCCCUGCUACUAUCGCCGAUCCUGUUCUGGUCAAGGAAGUUGGGGCUCGCCCCAAAGUCCGCCUGCCUCGUUUCCUGAGGCAGAGGUAUGUCAAGAAAGUCGGUGAGAAGAUCAACCUUGUCAUCCCCUACUCUGGCAAACCUAAGCCGGUGGUUAGCUGGUUAAAGGAUGGAGGGCCCCUUGACCCAAAGAGGGCCAACGUCCGUACAUCUGACACAGACAGCAUCCUGUUCAUCCGUCAAGCAGAGAGAGCGGACUCUGGCUCAUACGAGAUGUGCGUGAAGGUGGACGACUUUGAAGACAAAGCUGCUAUCAUCAUCCAGAUUAUUGAGCUGCCUGGGCCACCAGCCAGCGUUAAGGUUGCGGAUGUCUGGGGAUUCAACGUUGCUCUUGAGUGGACCGCACCUAAAGAUAAUGGAAACACAGAGAUCACAGGCUACACCGUCCAGAAGGCUGACAAGAAAACCGGGGACUGGUUCAACAUCCUGGAGCACUACACCAGACUAAACGCCACAAUCUCAGACCUCAUCAUGGGCAACACCUACACCUUCAGGGUCUUUGCAGAGAACAAGUGUGGACUCAGUGAGGAAUGUGCCGUGACCAAGGAAGAAGCCACCAUUGUGAAGGAGGUUAUUGACUACAAACCUACCCCGUUCGUGGAGCGUGACUUCACCGAGGCUCCCAAGUUCACCACUGUUCUGAAUGACAGGUCCACCACUGUUGGCUACAGCACCAAGCUGCUGUGCUCUGUGAGGGGAUCCCCUAAGCCUAAGAUUAUGUGGAUGAAGAACAAGAUGAUCCUCAACAACAUGGAUAACCCCAAGUACAGGAUGAUCAGCACAGGGGGCAUCUGCACCCUGGAGAUCCGUAAGCCCGGCCAAUACGACGGUGGAGAGUAUGUCUGCAGAGCUGAGAACGAACUGGGGAAGGUCGACACCGGCUGCAAGCUGGAGGUCAAAAAGCCUGUUUAUGCAGAUGCUGACAAAGAUAAGGAGGCAGAGUAAAUGCACAUGCAUACAGUCCCAAAUUAGAAGCAAGUGGAAUGAGGCCUUUACAAGAAAAGGACGGUGCUGGAUGCUGGAAAAAAUGUACAUAUAACUGGAGAGAACAUACAAUCAAAUGGUUUUACCUACAUCCGCUGUGUCCUAACCUAUCCUAUAUUUAUGAAGAUGAAACAUUUGUUGCCUUUAUUUGUAUUUUCUUCCUUAGUACUCCCUGAAAUAGUUAAUAUCCAUGUCCACAACUCAGAUGUAAACAACUGUCUGUGUCACUAUGUAGUUGUGAAUAGGUCUCCAUUAUAUAGAAUGAAUCGAUUGUUCCAGAUUGGAGAUUAAAGCUGUAAAACUUUGGAAUGUUUGUUACAAAAAGAUUUUGAUUUAUGUUUUUGUUUUGUUGAAUAAACCUAAAAUGGAAUAAACCUUCUCUAA